AUGGAACUACGCUCCGGUGACAAGUCGCGAAUUCCGCCGUCGAACGAAGCCGAGAAUCUCGUGGAAGAAGUUGAUUUCAACUCUGAUGAAGAACCUUAUGCUCCGUCUUCUUCAGAUUCUGAAUUUCAAGCUGAGGAUGAGGAGGUAGAUGCUGAUGACGACGAUGAUGAUGUACCAAAUCCUGUACCUGCCCCUGUCCUUGCGCCUUUGCCAAUUGUAAACCUACCAAGAGCAGGCACGAAAAGGAAAAGAUCUAAACGCGGAAAGGACGAUGUGCUUUUGUGGGAGGUCUGGGAAGAAGAAGAUCAGAGAUGGAUUGAUCAACAUUUGACUGAGGAUGUUGAUUUGGAUCAACAGAAUCCUGUGAUUGCUGAAACUCUUGAGCCGCCUCCAGAUUUGGUUAUGCCACUGUUAAGGUACCAAAAGGAGUUUCUAGCCUGGGCGUUGAAACAGGAACAUACAGUUGCUGGAGGGAUUCUCGCAGAUGAGAUGGGAAUGGGAAAGACCAUACAAGCCAUCUCUCUUGUUCUUGCGAAACGUGAAUUUGACAGGGCUCAAUUUGGGAAGAGAGCAGUGGGGUGCACUCUUGUACUUUGCCCUCUCGUUGCUGUUUCUCAGUGGUCUAAUGAGAUUGAUCGGUUUACAUCUCCGGGAAGCACCAAGGUUCUUGUGUACCACGGGGCUAAGAGAGAGAAGAACGUUCAAGAGCUCAUGAAAUAUGACUUCGUUUUGACGACAUAUUCUACGGCUGAGAAUGAGUUCAGGAGAUGUAUGAUGUCACCGAAGGUGCAGUGUGAAUAUUGCGACAAGUCAUUCUAUCCGAAGAAUCUUGCCAUUCAUCAUAAGUAUCAUUGUGGGCCUUCGGCUGUGAAAACGGCGAAACAAUCUAAGCAGAACAAAAAGAACCCUGCGGCUGCAUCCUCCAAGCAAGCCAACCCUGCGGCUGCUGCGGCUGCAUCCUCCAAGCAAGCCAAUGUCAAGGUGACGCGAUCAAAGAAGAAGGCUAAACAAACAUUGGAAGAAGAAGAGUGUGGUUCAGUUGAUAGAGAGAAGUCUCUUUUGCACUCUGUUAAGUGGAAUCGGAUCAUCUUGGAUGAGGCUCAUUACAUCAAAGAAAGACGUAGCAACACUGCAAGAGCUGUUUUUGCUUUGGAGUCUACCUACAGAUGGGCUCUGAGCGGUACCCCUCUCCAGAAUCGUGUUGGAGAGCUUUACUCUCUGAUACGCUUCCUGCAAAUUCGCCCAUACUCGUAUUACUUUUGCAAGGACUGUGAUUGUAAAAUUCUUGAUUAUGUUGCGCAUAAAAGCUGUCCCAGCUGUCCUCAUAACGCAGUACGACAUUUCUGUUGGUGGAACAAGAAUGUGGCCAAGCCAAUAUCAACUUAUGGAAACUUGGAUCUGGGAAAGAGAGCAAUGAUAUUGCUUAAACACAAAGUUCUUAAGGACAUCCUCCUAAGACGUACUAAAUUGGGCCGGGCAGCUGAUCUUGCCCUUCCUCCUAGAAUCAUCUCUUUGAGGCGGGAUGCACUAGAUAUAAAAGAGUUUGAUUACUAUGAAUCACUAUACAAAGACAGUGAAGCGGAAUUUAAUACGUAUGUUCAGGCUGGGACAUUGAUGAAUAACUAUGCGCAUAUAUUUGAUCUUCUCACCCGUCUGAGACAGGCUGUUGAUCAUCCAUACCUUGUGGUGUAUUCCAGUUCUAGAGGCAUUAAUGCUAACUUGCUUGAGGAGAACAAAAAUGAGUCUUCCGAAUGCGGUCUCUGCCACGAGCCUGCUGAGGAGCGCGUUGUGACUUCUUGUGAACAUGUGUUCUGUAAAGAAUGUUUGAUUGGUGUCUCUACUUCCUCGGAAAAAGCCACCUGCCCGACAUGCUCAAAACCACUAACUGUGGAUUGGACUACCAAAGCUGGCACAGAGCACCAGGCAAGCAAGACAACACUUAAAGGAUUUAGAGCGGCGAGCAUUAUAAAUCGGAUAAAGCUCGAUAAUUUUCAGACAAGUACAAAGAUAGAGGCUUUGAGGGAAGAAAUAAGGUUCAUGGUUGAAAGAGAUGGGUCUGCUAAAGCAAUAGUUUUCAGCCAGUUCACAUCAUUCUUGGACCUGAUAAAUUAUACACUCGGGAAGUGUGGAGUUAGUUGCGUUCAACUGGUGGGAAGCAUGUCCAUGGCAGCUAGAGAUGCUGCUAUCAAUAAAUUUAAAGAAGACCCAGAUUGCAAAGUUUUCCUAAUGAGUUUGAAAGCUGGAGGGGUUGCUCUCAAUUUAACAGUAGCUUCGCAUGUGUUCAUGAUGGACCCAUGGUGGAACCCAGCGGUUGAGAGGCAAGCACAGGACAGAAUACAUAGGAUCGGACAGUACAAGCCAAUCAGGGUUGUGAGAUUCAUAAUAGAGAACACAGUGGAGGAAAGGAUUCUGAAGCUUCAAGAGAAGAAAGAACUUGUGUUUGAAGGGACCGUUGGUGGGUCUAAGGAGGCCAUAGGAAAGUUGACGGAGCAAGAUAUGAGGUUUCUGUUCACCAACUAA